AUGUCGAUAGCUUUGGGGAAAAUCAGCAUCGUCUUCUUCCUCGUCUUGCUCUUGUUGGGAGCUUCAGAAGCUCGCAACCUUGUCGUUCUCCAACCAUUUCCUGUCGCGGCGGUUGCGGUUGCGGUUGAGAAAACGCCUGUUUUCAAGACGUGGCAGCAUCCGGCGGCGCCGUUUUGUUACGAGCCAUCAUCGAUGUUUGUUCCACCGUUCGUACCGGUUUAG